AUGGAAGUAGAAAGAGGGAAGCUUGAGGUGUGGCUUCCUUUGCGCUUUCUUGCUGGUGGAUCAGCAAAUCCGCUCCCAACGGCCAGCAACAACACUGCCAGCAUAGCACAAGCCAGGAAGCUGGUAGAGCUGCCGAAGACGGAAGCCAACAUUGACAGGAUAAAGGUGUCCAAGGUGGCUGCAGACUUGGUGGCCUACUGUGAGGCACUUGCCAAGGAGGACCCGCUGCUGACCCCAGUCCCAGCCUCAGAAAACCCCUUUCGGGAGAAGAAAAUCUUCUGUGCCAUCCUUUAA